UAACCAAUUAAUAUUCCAAUCACAAACCGAAUGAAGUUAAGUGAAAGCUCCAUAAAACAACUCAAUUCCCUUCUUUCAAACUUCACUCAUUCCCACCAAUUCUCCGAUGCUCUCUCUCUCUUCAACCAAAUUCACUCUUCCCUUCAUCUCAGACCUGAUCAUUACACCCUUUCAACCACUCUCACCGCCUCUGCCAACAUCCUUAACACUACCUUCGGCAAUCAGCUCCACGGUUUCGCCAUUAAAACACACCUUAAACAAUACCCAUAUGUAUCGAAUUCUCUCCUUUCAUUCUAUGCCAAAUCUAAAGAUUUGGGUUCAGUUAAAAGGGUCUUUAAAGAAAUUGAAUCCCCAGAUGUUUAUUCUUGGACUACGCUAUUGUCUGCUUCUACCAAGUUGGGUGAAGUUGGGUAUGCUUGUAAGGUGUUUGAUGAAAUGCCGCACAGGAAUUUGGCUGUGUGGAAUGCAAUGAUUACUGGGUGUGCUGAAAGUGGGUAUCACGGGAUUGCUUUGGAUUUUUUUCAAAGAAUGCAUUUUUUGGGUGUUAGAUAUGAUAAUUAUGCUUUUGCUAGUAUUUUAAGUUUGUGUGAUAUGGAGUUAUUGGAUUUUGGAAGACAAGUGCAUUCGAUGGUCAUCAAGACGGGGUUUUUGGUAAGAGCUUCGGUGAUUAAUGCUUUGGUUACCAUGUAUUUUAACUGUAAGAAUGAUUUUGAUGCUUUUGGAGUAUUUGAAGAAGCUGAGGAUGAAGUGCUUGAUACUGUAACUUAUAAUGCAAUGAUCGCUGGUUUAGUGAGUAUGGAAAGAGCUGAGGAGGCAUUAAUAAUGUUCAAGGAUAUGUGUAAGUUUUCUUUGAGACCUACCAAGCUCACAUUUGUGACCAUAAUGAGUUCAUGUACGUGUACUAGAAUUGCUUCUCAAUUGCAUGCUCAAGUUGCUAGAAUAGGUUUGGAAAACUAUACAUCUAUCGCUAAUGCAACAAUAACCAUGUAUGCUAGUUGUGGGAACUUGAAUGAAGCCCUUUUAGUUUUUGAAAGACUAAGGGUGAAGGAUAACGUGUCGUGGAAUGCCAUGAUUACGAGCUAUGCCCAAAAUUGUCUGGACAGUGCAGCAAUUUCUGCAUACAUUCAAAUGCAGAAGGAAGGGUUAGAGCCAGACGAGUUUACCAUAGGAAGCAUACUUGCAAGCUCAGAGUCUCUAGUAAUUGUUGAAAUAAUUUUGGGUGUUGUUUUGAAGAAGGCCCUUAUCUUUAAGACUGAAGUAUCUAAUGCUCUGCUCUCUGCCUUCUGCAAGCAUGGUGAAAUGAAGCAGGCUUAUCAAGUUUUUCAUGACAUGUUUCCUAGAAACAUGAUCUCUUGGAAUACAUUGAUUUCUGGUUGUCAUCUCAACGGACUACCCAUGGGGUGCUUGCACCUCUUCUCUGAGAUUGUUAGUGAAUGUUUGAUGCCUAACCCUUUUACUCUUAGCAUCAUUUUGAGUGUUUGUGCCAGCAUUUCAGCUCUUCAACAAGGGAAGGAGAUUCAUACUUUCAUUCUCAAAUCUGGAUUCAUUUCAGAAAUAUCUUUAGGAAAUGCCCUCAUCACAUUGUAUGCAAAAUGUGGACUGUUGCAUUGGUCUCUUAAGGUUUUCCAAAUAAUGACACAAAAAGACAUAGUUUCUUGGAAUUCAAUUAUUACUGCAUAUGCACAGCAUGGGAAAGGCAAAGAAGCUGUACAUUGCUUUGAGAUGAUGCAAGAAUUAGGUGGGGUCAUACCAGAUAACACAACCUUUAAUGCAGUUCUAUCAGCUUGCAGCCAUUCAGGCUUAAUCAAUAAAGGCAUUGAAGUUUUUACCUCCAUGGUUCAUAGCUACGGUAUAGAACCUACAGCAGACCACUUCUCUUGCAUUGUUGAUCUUCUAGGCCGGGCUGGAUAUCUUGAUGAGGCAGAAAAACUGGUAAAAGAUAGGCAUGUUGAUGUAGAUUCCACUGUUUGGUGGACAUUAUUCAGUUCCUGUGCUGCUUAUGGCAAUGUUAAACUAGGCAGAAUUGCUGCGGGAUUUCUGCUUGAGACUGAGAAGAAUAACCCCUCUGUUUAUGUGCUUUUAUCCAAUAUUUAUGCCAGUGCAGAGAACUGGGAGGGCUCUGCUAAUGUGAGGAAACUGAUGAAUAAAUGUGGAGUGUUAAAGCAACCUGGAAGCAGUUGGAUAGGAUCCUAAAACUCAUUUUGUUAAUGAUGGAAUUCUUGACGUGUUUGGUUUCGAAGUUCAACCUUACUUAUCAAAAGGAGAUUGUUCAUGGUGGAAGAAAGGAUAUCACAGGAGGCUACAGUGUUGAUGUAACUAUUAAAGCUUUGGGUCGAUGACAAACAUUCUUCAAUCUGUGCAAAGUAUUCGCAAUGGAGACAAAGCUGUGAUGAUUGGACUUACACUAUCUGGGGCUAAGGGGGAGGUGGAUAUAAACCACCUAGUGUGACGACAGAUAAAAGUGAUUGGCUCUUGUGGAGCCAGAGCAAGAUAAGAUCUCCUAAACUGAUUAAACUUGCCGAAAGCGGCAUAUUCAAUCUAACUGCUGCUGUUCAAGGACCUGCAAAUUUGAAGAGGCUCCACAGGCAUACAAAAAUAUUGAUCAGGUAAUCAUUGCUGGAUGCGCUGUUGUUGAGAUCAUGAGUGAUGUUAGAGGAAGCAUUCAUCUUUCCUGUAGAAUUCUCGACGUCAACCUUUCUCGUCUUAUCAUUUCUCAAUGAGGAGACUGCUAGUUCACUCUCACUAUCAGACGUCAGACAGGAAGCAACAAGAGACAGAAAAAAUGGAAAAUAAAAAAAUCGAGUUACCAUCCAAAUUCCAGAAAAAUUUCAAGUACAAAAACUAAAGGUGAACCUGUUUUCUAAUGAAUGUUUUGAUUGAGAUGUCUUUUUGCCAUAGCUACUUGGCAUAUGUCCACUCUCUCUGAGAUGGUUAUCACUCCCAGUAUCUGAGGAGUUGCCACAUCCUCCCUUUUCUUGCUUCCUGCCCAUUAGACUGGAUUUAGCCCUUGAGACUCUCCCCCUCCGAUAGUUCCUGAGGAUUGUUGGAGCUUGUGUCACAUCAGGAAAAGUCCCAACUUUGCCUUCAAAAGAUAUUAAUAUCAUCAGAGUACAAAAUAUGGUACUUGAUCAGAUUUGUGUAACAUAAGGAGGUUAGUCAAUCAUAUGUCUGGGAAAAAAACAUACAUCCUUCAAGAGUUGUUUUUAAGGGAAAGUUAAUCAAUCAUAUGUCUGGAAAAAAAACAAAUCCUUCAGAAGUUGAGAAUUCUUGACCUUUAAAGGGAACAAGAUUACAUGAUUCAAAUAUUACCUUCAGCUUUGGUCUUUUCCCCUCUGUACAGCUAUGAAAUACUCACUGUUAUCAUUCAAAAGAAAGCUGAAUGACAUUCAGAUAUGAGGACAAUAUUGCUGCCCUUUUGACAGACAGCCCUUUCAAAAUUUUCAAGGGAGAAUGAUGACAGGUGCAAUAACCUUCCAAAUGAGGUACAGAAGUCCCAGACCAUCAGAUGAUCCCCUACACAUUCCAUUGAGACGUCGAAUUCUAUGCAUGGAGGAGGAUAUUCAGUCAACUGUUUAUCGGACUCAAGAGAUCAUCGAAUGGAUAUCUAAUGGACUGUGCCUUCAGUUUGGCUUCUGCAUGUCAAUGCAGUGAAGACAAAACAUUAAUAUGGUACAUGAGAAAAUAGACAGCACAAGUACACUUCAUAUCAUACCUUCAGUUCCAACAUGUAAGGAUAAAGGUGGAAUAAGAGGUAUCUUUCUUUAAAAUAAAAGGUUCCAUUAAAUUAUAAAUCCCAAACAUGCAAGACUUCCAAGUAAACAUGACAUUUCUAAGCCAAUAUAAUACUUUCCAAGUGACAAUUUUUUUCUUUUCAACUUACCAAGUAAACAUAAAACAUAGUCAAGCUGUGAUGUCCAAUUUGUUCAAUUUUCCUUUUCAAGCUUUUCCGGAUAAACAAUUACUUAAUUUCAUGUUUUAGUAAAAUUUAUAAAUGUGUUGCUGAAUAAUGUAUCACAGCUCCUGAUAUACCUAAGUUGUUAACUUCAAGUAAGCAUGUCACAUUUACAAGAUGUGUAACAAUAUGAAGAUCUGAUGCAUCUUUGUUAAGUAAAAUAUUCACAUAUACGUAGUAGUAUCCUUGAUCAGACUAGAACUUUUUUCUAAUGACGUGUCCAAGCCAGCUUUCGCAGACCUCGACUAAUUCCACAGGGUACUUGACACCUCCUAGUAUCAACAGGUACCAGCCUAGUGUUUUUUAAAAAGCUAUAUUAGGAUUUGGACCUGAGACCUCAUGGUUCUAAACCCACUACAUAACGAGUUGCAACACUUGUCAUCAAGAGUUCAACUGACAUGCUGGUAAAGGCUUUAAAUCUUAUUAUUGAGGGUCAAGGUUUUGAAUUCUCUAACCUAACUACUACCUUUUGGUUUUUUGUGCAUGUCAGUGGUUGUCUGGUGUGCAGUUAUAUGUAAUGUAGUAAAACAAUUGUGCACCUCAUAUGCUGAUUUUCAUUGAUCAACUUGUUUCCCUCGCUAAGGUUUUAAUCCUUCUGCUUUAGCAAGUGUUGCACUUCUAGCAGUUAAUAAGGACUGUUUUGCCCAUUCCUGGAGUUUGGCUAGAGCACCAAAACAUGCAAUAUAGAAAGAGGAGGUCAUAUUUAUUCUCAUUACUGUUGAUUUGAUUAUUAUUCAGGAAUUUGCUGUUAGCGCCUCGUAUGUUAGUGAAUCUGGUGAACUUUGAUAAAAUAGAAGCAUACUUGGGAAGACAUUUUAACCUAAAUUGCAUCAACCCUAUGUAUGAAUAUGAUUACUCAAUUGGAACGAUGUUAACCAUAUUGUGCAGUAUAGUUCAGCAAAAAUUCAAUUACUCUUCUUAUAUCAUGUGCUUUAAUGCUUUUAAUGAUUGAUGCAUGGUGUCCGACUGAUGAGACUGUUCUUAGUGAUUUAUAUAAAGUAAUAAAUGAAGUUCUCAGUAAGACAGCGUGGUGAAAUUGCAUGCUUUUUAUCCUAGUGGUAGAGUGGGUUGCGAAGAAAGUGUUACGCAUGCAGGAUCCACGGCUUAAACUUUUGAUCUUUUUUGUUGCUAGUUGAAUUGUGUAUUGAUUUUAUUGUUUGUAAACAUUCUGCCUAUUAAUAGGUUCAUAUGAGGUCAAAUCUUAAUGUGUUAAAAAAAUGUGCAUUAUAUGAGAGAGAGAGAGAGAAAGGGAGGGAGGGAGGCGGAGAGAGAGAGAGAGAGAGAGAGUUGUCCCUUUUCUGCCGCAUUGUAUUAUACAUUUUAAGUGAAGCUACAGGUUUCACAUAUUUUCCAGAAUUCAAAAUUUCCAUGCUCAUAUGUUUGAUAAUUGAUGAAAUGAUGUAAUCCAGAGCCAAACUCAUAGCUUUGAAGAUUGAGACGAGCUAGCUAAGCAUGAAAAGAGUAAAGAAGGAGACAAUCUCAAUAAUUGAUUGUUUUGUCUGUUUUAGUUACUUCUAGCCUCUAGAUAUUUCCCAUUUUUUCUUCUACUUCUAUAGUAGGAUGUUGUGCAGAAUGGAUUGCUUAUGGAGUAAUGCUAUUUCCCCUAUUGAAUUUAUAUGGUUUCCAGCUAAAAUUUAACUAUUCAAUUCUCAAAGCAGAUAGUAUUUUAGAUGCUAGUAAGACAUCCUUCUACACUCCAUGGAGGGAUAUGUACCUUGGAGGCUAAUCUCAAAUGUAUUUUGCACCCUUAAUGAGCUGUUGUUUGCCACAAGUAAUAUUACGUUAUAGUCUAUUGUCACUUGACCUGUAGGUUGUUUUAGUAAAGCUUUUCUGUACGUCAUUGGUUGCCUGGUGUGUAAUCUAUAUGUUAUGUAGCAAAAUAAUUGUGCACCUCAUAUGCUGAUUUUCAUUUAUAAACUUGCUGCCUUCGUUUCAGGUUUUAGUCCUUCUCAUUUAGUAAGUGUUCCAUCUCUGUCACUUUACGGCAGAUCCAUGAAGGUGUGUUUACCUUGCUUAAGUUAGCAAGAACUGUUUUUGCAAUUCCUUCUAGUGUAUGGCUGUGCAGAGCUAGCACACUAAACAUGCAAUAUAAGAAAGAGGAGAUACAUAUUAAUUUGAUUAUCAUUCAGAAAUUUGCUGUUAGUGUCUCACAUGUUAGUGAAGUUGGUGAACUUUAUUAAAGAAAAUUGAAUCUUGCUUAACGUGUGUUUUACAUUGCUUAUAUCCAGUUUGUUCAAGUGGGUUGUGUGAUAUAUUUAGGUGGAAAACUUUGGAUUUUCAUUUCUCAAAAGGAGGUUUCUGUGAUUCUUCAAUGUGGAGAAGUCAGAUAUUGUUGUCUUGUGGUGAGCUGAAGAACGUAAAAGAGUUGCAUUCAGUACCAACAGAGUUUCCACUAGAUUUGGGUGUCAAGUUGUGCUAAGCUUACACAACUGAGUAUAUAUAUGUGUCUUCUAACUUGGCCCCAAGCCCCCAAUUGUUAUUCGUCUUCCAACUGUGUGUGUGCAGAUAGGUAUGUAAACUUGUAUACGUUGAACAUGUAACCCAUUUUCUCAUUGAAUGAAAAGGUACGAAAUAAAUUAGAUUGAUAAAAGUACUUUGGUUUUUCCCCUU